AUGCCUACACCGGUACGUACGCCAAAGGCGCGAACAGUUCGUCGUAUUCCGCCUGUGAGACGUAACAUUCAACCUAAAAUAGUGCAUUCAGUGCGACGUCGUCGUCGUCGUCGUCGUUCACCUUCACCAAUUACUGAUUUACGCUCAUCACAUUCAUCCAACAGCAGUAGUAGCAGUAGUUCACGUUCACGUUCAUCACGAAGCCAUAGUCAUAAACAUAAGCGAUCAAAAAAACGUCGUAAUUCAUGCAAUUUACGCUCAAAUUGUGUGAUGCCACUUUAUGGUACCAAUGGUACUAUGAUAGUUGGUUAUGUACGACCGUGUCGUACCGGUGUCAGAUUAUGCCAUCGAAAUGAUUUAAUAACUAAAUGA